AAGUCCCAAACCCUUGUUCCGCUCGGUCUCCCUCUCGCGCAUCCCCGCCGCCGGCUAAAAACCCCAAGCCCUCUUCCUCCCCUCCCAAGCGCUCUCUCUCUCCCCACGCCAUGGCUGGAUCCACUAGCGGCGGCGGCGGGGCGCUCUCGGCCCAGGCGGCGGCUGCCCUCGGCGAGGGGAUCGGGCUGGUGUUCGGGCGCUGGACGGCGCUGCAGAUGGCGGUGGAGAACCAGUGGGGCGGCCGCGACUCCCGCGCCAAGGCCGACCAGCUCGCCGAAUCCAUCCUCUCGUGGUUCGCCAACUCCAAGGGUAAACAUUAUUAUGAAGAUUUGGUGGAUAUGAUGUAUGACACAGUGUCCAAAUCCUUCAAUGCGGACUUUGAGGAUGGUAGUGUUGAAGAGGUCGCUGAACAAUUGUUGAUUAUGCAUGAAGAAUGCCUGCAAAGCAACUAUUCUUCAGUUGAGAAGCUUAGGAACUCACGUGCUCAAGGGAAUGCUGUUUCCCAGAGUAGAAAGAUGGUGGUUGAUGGAGACGAUGAUAGCUCAGAUGACGAGGACGACGAUGACGAUGGUGAGCCUUCGAUGAUGGAUAAUGAAGCAGGCAGCGCGGAGAAGAUGGCGGUGGACGAGCCAAAACCUUCCAAGCCUGUUCCUGACGCUGAUGGUUGGACUACAGUGCCACCUAGGCGUGGUCGGGGCAAGAAUUGAAAGUACAGAAGCAAAAACCUUGGCAAAGACUUUGCACUUGCAAAGACAGUUUGCCAGGAGGUUCUCAGUGUCAAGUUUUGUUCUAGUUUUUUUUCGAGGGAUGAUUAUGUUGUAGUAUCCUUUACUUGAACUGAGCUGUAAUCGUGUGACUGAUCUAUAAUUCUACAUUCAGGAAACUGUCUUAUCUGUGUAAUGUCAAGUGCCAGAAGACGAGCAAAAGAAUAUAUCAGUUCCCAGUA